AUGGGCCUCGCCAGCUACUUCAAGGCGGAGAAGCCGUCUCCGCGGUCACAGCAGAGCGGCACCGCCUCGGCGGCCGUCUCCGAGAAGAACCACUCGGACCGGACGAGCAGCAAUGACCUGGAGCUCCAGACGCCGACGCCGCGGUACAGCUCGCGGCCGCAGUCCGUGUCGGCGCGGUCGUGGAAGUCGACGGGCAGCUCCAUGCUGCUCGACGACAUCAAGCACGAGGUCAUGGUCAACUACCUCUACCAGCAGCAGUGCUCGCACCUGUGGGUCGCCGACGGCAGCGGCGAGAUCGAGGGCGUGCUGCUGCGCAAGGCGCGCGGCCAGUACAUGGCCUGCCCGCCGCAGCUGGGCAGCUCGCCCUUUGCGCAGGCCUGCGCCGCGCUCAACGUCCAGUGCGCCAUGACCGUCAACUCGCGCGUCAUCAAGACCUUCCUCGCCUUCUGCCCGGACGCCGUCGACGUGCCGCUCAUGAACGGCCUGCGCGUGCAGAUCCUGCCCACCAUCGACGACCUCCCCCGCGCGCGCAAGCACCAGUUCGCCGCCUUUGUCGCCUCCGAGGGCCUCCUGGUCGUCUGGGACGACGACGCGCUGCACCUGGUCGCGCGCGCCAAGGCCAUCGAGUCGGAGCUCAUGGAGCUCGUCUGGAAGGCCGGCAGCGCCGACGACGACGACGAGAAGAACGGCGGCGCGGCCAACGAGGUCGAGAUCGACGAGGAGAGCGGCCAGAUCAAGCCCGAGAAGCGGCCGGUGCACCUGCAGAACACCGUCCUUGUCAGCCUGACCCUCAUCCUCGUCACCGUCUCCCUCGGCGCCGCCUGCCGCGAGCUGGCCCAGGAGGUCACCGUGGACCAGAACUACGUGCGCCUCGCCCUCGUCGCCCUCUUCCCCGUCCAGAUCUUCUUCACCCUCUUCUUCGCCCAGGUCAUCAUCGGCUGCCUGGCCCAGAUCUUCGGCCCCAUCCGCCAGCUCACCAUCAACUCCAAGUUCUACUCGGCCCGGCCCCCGCCGCGGCUGCAGACGGCCGCCCUGCCCCACGUCACCGUGCAGUGCCCCGUCUACAAGGAAGGGCUCAACGCCGUCAUCGCGCCCACGGUCAAGUCCAUCAAGCAGGCCAUGUCGACCUACGAGCUCCAGGGCGGCUCGGCCAACAUGUUCAUCAACGACGACGGCCUGCAGCUCAUCACCGAGGAGGACCGGCGCAACCGGAUCGAGUUCUACGCCGACCACAGCAUCGGCUGGGUCGCGCGCCCGGGCCACGGCGACAACGGCUUCGUCCGCAAGGGCAAGUUCAAGAAGGCCUCCAACAUGAACUUUGCCCUCAUGAUCUCGUGCAAGGUCGAGGACAAGCUGGCGCAGAUCCACCGCGGGCCCGAGUGGUCGCAGCACGACGAGGCCGUCGCCUACGAGCACGCCCUCAAGGAGGUGCUCGAGCAGGACGGCCGGGCCUGGGCCGACGGCAACAUCCGCGUCGGCGACUAUAUUCUGAUUAUCGACUCCGACACCCGCGUCCCCGCCGACUGCCUGCUCGACGCCGUCUCCGAGAUGGAGCAGUCGCCCGACGUGGGCAUCAUGCAGUUCUCGUCGGGCGUCAUGCAGGUCGUCCACACCUACUUUGAGAACGGCAUCACCUUCUUCACCAACCUCAUCUACACGGCCAUCCGCUACACCGUGUCCAACGGCGACGUGGCGCCCUUUGUGGGCCACAACGCCAUCCUGCGCUGGAGCGCCAUCCAGCAGGUCGCGUACGAGGACGAGGACGGGUACGAGAAGUUCUGGUCCGAGAGCCACGUGUCCGAGGACUUUGACAUGUCGCUGCGCCUGCAGUGCGCCGGGUACAUCAUCCGGCUGGCCGCCUGGGCCGGCGACGGCUUCAAGGAGGGCGUGUCGCUGACCGUGUACGACGAGCUGGCGCGCUGGGAGAAGUACGCCUACGGCUGCAACGAGCUGCUCUUCCACCCGAUCCGCAAGUGGGUCUGGAAGGGCCCCUUCACGCCCCUCUUCCGCCGCUUCCUCUUCUCCAACAUCCGCAUCACCUCCAAGAUCACCAUCAUCUCGUACAUCGGCACCUACUACGCCAUCGGCGCGGCCUGGAUCAUGACGGCCAUCAACUACUUCCUGGUCGGGUGGUUCAACGGCUACCUCGACAAGUACUACAUCGACUCGUGGAAGGUCUGGUUCUCCAUCAUCAUCGUCUUCAACGGGCUCGGCAACGUGGCGCUCGCCGUCAUGCGCUACCGCAUCGGCGAGCGCAACCUGCUGUACUCGCUGUUCGAGAACUUCAAGUGGACGCUGCUGCUGGCCAUCUUCCUCGGCGGCCUGUCGCUGCACGUGUCGCAGGCGCUGCUGGCGCACAUGUUCGAGGUCAACAUGACGUGGGGCGCGACGUCCAAGGAGGCCGAGUUCUCCAACUUCUUCAUCGAGAUCCCCAAGGUUUUGAAGAAGUUCAAGUUCUCGAUGCUCUUCGCGACCAUCUUCAUCGUCGGCAUGAUCAUCCUGGCCGUGGCGCCCUUUGUGCCCUACGACUGGCGCAUCACCGACUUUGUCGCCAUCCUGCCCAUGUCCACCGUCGCCGCCUCGCACCUGCUGCUGCCGCUCGCGCUCAACCCUGCGCUGAUGACCUUCUCUUGGUAG